AUGACCCGAUUACUUGCGGCGUAUAAUAGCCUGACUGAUAAACACCUGGCUGGAUAUUUUAACAAUACCAGGAUAAGAAGGCAUCUCUUAAGAUCAGGGCUGAUCACAAGAAGUGGAAGAAUACUUUCUGAGAAAGAAUAUAAGCUAAAUAUAAUGAAGAGGGAUCAUCAAAAAUAUAUUCGGGAAUGCUUGGCACAGGCUAUUUUCCAUAAGGUCCUUGACAUGGAGCGUUACCAUCAGCUUGAAAUAAAAAGGAAACUGGAGACUUUAGCUAGGAAGGAGCAGGUUCAGAGAUUUAAGGGGAUGCUCACAAGACAGUCUGCUGAAAAUAGCAUGCCAGUCCUGUCUCCUCAUCCCCCAGUUGGCCCAAAGAUGAACCGUGGUCAUAAUAUUCUGGUUAGUGAAGGCCAUUCCAGUCCACUAACAUUGACAGCCCCUCGACCAUAUACCGCCCCUGGAAAUAUGCAGCCUCCAAUUAGAUUACAGCCUCUUCCUAGUAAUCCUUCAGUGAGGACUGUUCCAAAGCCAACUUUGGGAUCCAGAUCAAAAACUUCACUGCUGGAAAAUGAAGCUCCAUUUCCUAUUGGGGGCAAGAAGGCGAUGAAGAAGUUCAGGAAGUCCACAGAGAAAUCUCAGAAAAUGAAUCCAUAUCAACUUCCCAACAUGGACAGCUACACGAUACCUAUUCCUCCACCACCUCCUCCCCCAGAUGGAAAGACCAUAAGGGAAAGCCAAUCUGAAAUGUGGAGAAGGAGGAGGCUUCAUCCAACCACCACGCCGAAUGGCUUAGAACCUCUCUUCACAAGGGAUUCAGGAAGGAUUUACAAAACAUCACUGCACAGUAAUGCAGCUAUUACAAUGAUCUAUUUGGGAAAAAAUGUGCACCUAUCUUAUGAUGGUCCGGACUUUCGAGAUGAAAUAAGAGUUUAUCAGCAGCACUGUGGUGGAGAAAACCUUUGUGUGUACAAAGGCAAACUACUUGAAAAAGAGACCUUUCAGUUCAUUUCCAAAAGGCACCAUGGUUUUCCCUUCAGCCUCACCUUCUUCCUGAAUGGGAUCCAGGUGAACAGGUUGAGCUCCUGCUGUGAAUACAAGCAUCGGAAAGGCUCCAGACUCGGAGGCAAGCGAAGCUACUUCGGGUUUGUGUGUGUGGAGAGAGCAUCUCCUUGCUACAAGUGCAUUAUUGCAAUGGGCCUUGACAAAAAGCCAUUUUCAGUGAAACCCAGGAAAGAAAAGCGCCCUGAGGACAGAGAGGAUCUAAGGAAGGGUGAACAGAACCUGAGGAAGAAGAGAUCAAACUGGAUUCCAGGACGAACUGAGACAGAGGGGAACAAAAUUGCCUCAGCCAGUUUUUCUGUGGAAGAAAUGAAACCAGAGGUCAGAGAAGUGAGAACUGCUAUGCAAGAAAUGCAACGUAAAGGAAAACCGGGACACGAUGUGUGGGGAGAUGACCACGAGUAUGAAGAAGAUUUUGAAGUAGAUGAGGAGAAAGAAGACACGAAAGCUAAUGAAGAAGGACAGGCCGAUGAUCAAAUGAAUGGAAUAUCAAAGUCACCCUCAGAAGAUGGAAAAGUUCAUUUAGGCUCUGAAAAGGACAGUGAAGUUUCAGCACAGAAGGCACCGGAUGCUGAUGGCAAUGAGAAUCACGUGGAUGGGGGAAGCUCUGGCAGCGAAUUGGAAGAGGAAGAGCAAGAUACUAGAAGUGCUUCCUCAGCCUCGUCCAGAAGUCGCCCCUAUUCUAGUGACGGUGAGGACGACUCUCGGGAGCAGGGCAGAGAAGCACGUGCUGAACAAAGUACAGACGCAGGUGCCGGAAAUCCGGCUUCUCCGGAGCUGCGUGAGAGCGAUGAGCCGAGAAAACCGCGCCUUCCCAUUGAGGGACGCUGCGAAACUGAGCUGGAAGACGGAGAACGAAGAAAAGCAAACGUGGAGACCAAACCUCUGCCAGCGGAGGAAAGCUGUGGGAACAUUCGUGAUGCAGAAAUGGAGAGAGGAACCCAGGGAUUUGCAGAGAAUUUCUCUAAGGCGUCCAGGAAACUUGCUUGUGAGGAAAACAUGGAAAAGGAUAAGAGCCAGCUUAGGGAAGCAAGUACUGCUGAGGUGGAAGACAGACAGGCGGGUCUCCCUGGGGUGGAAGGAGGUGUUGGACAGAUAAUAAGCGAAACCUUGGCACCCGGCUGCCACAGCCACUAUGAUGCCCAAUCUGGUGUUUGCAGCCCAGCUGACUGGGAGACGCUCACGCGGAAGCUGGAGAUCCACACAAGUGGAGCACCAUGUAGGAAUGUAGUAGUGGAGCAAAGAGCAGUACUGAACCCAAACAAGAAACCCAACCAAAUUACACAACAAGCACGUUAUCUGGAGAAAGAAGCAACAGAAGGUGGCAGAGGUCCCCAGCACCAGGAUGCAGACCUCACGGAAGAUGAAGGCGACACAGCCCAGCUGGAGGAAGCAGGGGCUAAGGAGUUUCCCUCAGUGGAGUGGAAGCCAACUGCAGAGCAGCCAGUAUUAGCUGAACAAUUGAUAGAAAAAAGAGAGAUCCCUGUAGGGCUAGCAAGUGGGGCAGAGGCAGAAGAGGAAGAAGAUGGACAGCUGGGGAAAGAGGAGUUAGACCUCAGGGGCAAGGCAGCAGCAAGAGACUCCGUGAGCCUGAGUGGAGAGGAGGCUCCUGAAGAGCAGGCCCCAAGGCAGGCAGAAAAGGCAGCUUCUCUCAUGGGGGAACAGGACUUAUGGAAGACAGUGCUUCCAAACGACACAGCACUGAGCUUCCAGAAUCUUCAGGGGAUGGUGACCUUGAGAAGGGCUGCUAUUCCAGAAAUGGGACAGGCUGAGAAUGAGGUGACUGUGAGGGAGGCAGGAUUCAAAAGGCCAGAUGCAGAGGGAAGUGAAGAAGAGGCAGCCACAGAGCAAGCGGACCCGGGGGCUGUGGAAGACACACAAUCCUUGAAAGAGGAUGGGUCAGAAGAGGCAACAGUUGGGGGACAGGAGCCAGACAGAGAGGGGAUGGCAGUUCUGGAGGCAGAAACAUCUUCCAGCUCCUCAACAGCAGAGUCUGGGGUGGAGGGAAGUCACAUGGGUACUUCUGAUGACAGCCUUGGAGAUCUUCCCAAAGAGGAGACCAUGAAGGAGGAAACUGUGACUGAGCUAGGACCAAAAAGGAAGGAUGACAGGAAAGAAAUGUUACCUGAACAAUUAGAUGUAGUGGGAGAGAGGAGAAAAACUGGGAGGCCCCCAACGUCUCUGAGGGAAACUGGAUCUGAGAAGAAAGUGGUGACGUGGGCAGAUGCACUGAAGGAAGAAGACACAGCAGAGGAAGAACAAAAAUUUAAAGUGGGAGGGAGGAAAACAAUACAGGAAAUAAGAUCUGAGGGGCAGGCAAAAGCCCCCAGAAAUGAAACAGAAUCUGAUUGUGAGGAUGUAGACCCCAAAGACUUGACUGAAGAUACAGAGCUUCUAGAAGAUUCCCAGAGAGAAAGAGUUGCUAAUUUGUUGGAAGCAACAUCUGAAUUUGCAAAGUCACUUGGAAAGGUAAUAGCACUGAGGAAAGGAAAAGGAGGAGAAGGACUGAGUGAAGCUGGAGACACAGAGCACAGAGGCUGGGCACAGUGGCAAGGCCAGGCGACCACAUCCCCUUCACAGCAGGAGGAAGGGCCAGGGGAUGGAGGAGAGGGGACAUCAGAGGGUCCUGACAGUGAGGCCCCUGGUGAGAGAGAGGUCCCUGACCUGACCAUCCCAGACACGGGACAGGCUGGGGAGUGUGAUGGCCAAGAUGGCCUUGCUAGACUGGAGGGGAGGGAUAAGGAAGGGCCUCUGCAGGGGCCAGAAGGAGUAAGGGCCAUGACAGCGACCCCAGAGGCUGUACCUGAGGGAGAUCCCAGGAUGGCGAAAAAGUCCAAUGAAGAAGCAGAGGAUGGGGACCCUGAGGAGGGUGGGGAUCAAAAGGCCACGCUGGAGACAGGAGUGAAGAACAGCAGCACAGAGAGAGAAGGAGCCACAAGAGGAGAAACAGUUAUGGCUGAGGAGGAUCUGCAGGAAAGAGGAGCAGGACAGACAGCGGCAGAGAAGAAGGAGGUGUUGGCAGAUCUGAAGACAGGGAAGGAGAAAACAGUAGCAAAUACAGCCACCUCCUCUUCAGAUGUUGCUGGGGAGGAAGCCAGACUCAAGGCACCAGGGAAAACAGAAGCUGCAGAGCAGGUGGUGGCAGAAGAGAUGGUGUCGAGCAGGGGAGAGGUGACAGUGGCUUCCAUAACAGAGGCUGGGGUGGGAGUGCAUCCAGGGCCUUCCCGGGGGGAAGGGGAGGCCCUGAGGUUAGGACAGGAUGGGCAAGGAGGAGAAGCAGGGGUCACACAGCCUGCAGGCUCAUCACAAGUGCAGGCAGGGCCAGGGAGUGGCGACCCUGGGCAGGUGGCAGAGACAGGUGAAGAGUCAUCACAAGACAGAGAGUCAGAGCCCAGCAAAGGGAAUGUAGAGGUGGUAGCCAUGCUCCCAGUGAAGUCUGGAAGAAUCACUUCCGGUGACUUCUCUGGAACCCAAGAGAAUCUAGAUCAUAUGGUGCCAAGGCAAAGCGAGAGUGCAGAUGUUCCCUGAACAGCAGGAAGGACUAAGAGAUUUGUACCGGAUGGUGAGUUGGGGUGGGAUCUGUUCGCAGGACUGAAUAAAAGCCCCUAGUAUGGGUCUCCUCUCCUUGGAGCUGACCUUGUUAGUGUGUGCUGUGCUUGCAUGCUGACUUGGGCUUCAGUUCUGUGCCGCUGGGUCCCAGCUUUUGAAGGGAAGGGCUAGGGAGGAGGAGGAGGGACAGACUCAUACACAGGACUCCACGUGGCUUUCUUUCUGGCUCUAAAAUCAUACCCUGUCUUUGCAAAUACUGAAGCAGUUGAGAUCUGUGUGUCCCUGUCAAGGUCUCAAAGAUGAAAUACAGAGAAUGUGCCACAAGAUACAGACCACAGAAGUAAAGAAUCAAACUGUCUUCUAGAAUUCUAGAAUUCUUUAGCAUUUCAAAGGAACAAUGCCUGUCAGGGAUCAGUGGCCUUUAAAUGGGUUCCAUGCUUUUAUUUCUAUAGUAUUAUGAAGUUCAACAUAUGUGUAAAUUUUACAUAGAAGGUAUAAAUAUUUAAUCAUCUAAUAUAUACUGCUUAAAUAAUAAAUGUUGAAACUAAAACCAAAGACCACAAUUUAUUUUUGCAGACUUCGUAUUUCCCUGAUGCCCUUACAGGCUCACGUCCUUGCUAUGACCACAAUCUACCUUCUAGAAAGUAGAAAGUGCUCAGAAGUCUGCUAUUGCAAAUGACUAUGUCCACAGUACUGCUAUUCUUUUUA